AUGAAGUUCUCCUCUGUGGCUAUUGCUGGCGCGGCUAUGGGCCUUGCCCACGCUACUCCUCUCGUUGAGCGUGCGCAAAUCACCGAUGCCGAUAUCCUCAACUAUGCCUUAACCCUGGAGCACCUUGAAGCCGCUUUCUACCAGGAGGGCCUCAAGAACUAUACCCACGCCGACUUUCAGAAGGCCGGCCUGCAGGACCCUUUCUACGCCAACCUCAAGGAGACCGCCAGUGACGAGCAGGACCACGUCCAGUUCUUGACCAAGGCUCUGACGGCCGCCGGCGCAAAGCCCGUCGAGGCCUGCACCUAUGUCUUCCCUUCCACCGACGUCAAAUCGUUCCUUGCACUCGGUAGUAUCCUGGAAGGAGUAGGAGUCAGCGCCUACCUUGGUGCAGCUGCCAGCAUCAUGGACAAGACUUACCUCACUGCCGCUGGUAGCAUCUUGACCGUUGAAGCCCGCCACAGCGCCUAUCUGCGUACCGCGCUUGGCGAGGCCCCGGCCCCUCAGCCCUUCGACGACCCCCUCGACUUCGAUGAGGUUUAUACCCUCGCCUCGGCCUUUAUUGCCUCGUGCCCCGAGAGCAACGGCAAGCUGCCGGUCAAGGCCUUCCCCGCCUUGACUAUGCCCUCUAUGGCUCCCGUCAUGACCGGCUCCAAGGUCGACCUAGUGGUUGCCAGUGGCAUGACCAAAGACACUUCGGAUAUCUACGCCGCUUUCAUCACUGUCACUGGACCCGUCUGGGCUCCCCUUGAGUCCACUGGUGAUGGCAAGUUCAGUGUCACUGUUCCGGAGGGUGUUGCUGGCCAGAGCUAUGUAGUCCUGACCAAGGGCAACAAGCAGGCUACGGAUGACAACAUCGUCGCCGGUCCCGCCAUCGUCGAGGUUGGCGAGCCCAAUGGACCCAUGGGAAUGGGUUCGAAGUGCAGCGGAUCUUCUGGCCCGAAGGCCUCCAUGUCCGGCUGGUCCUCGAUGUCCAUGCCUAUGCCCACCGGCUCUAAGACCGGUAUGGCUUCUUCGUCCGCCUCUGCUUCGUCCACCCCUGUCUUCAACGGUGCGAGUGGAAAGAGCGUGAGCGUUUUCGCCAGUGCCCUUGGGGCUGUGGCUGCCGUCGCUGCUUUUUUGCAGUAA